UGUUUAUUUUUUUAUUUAACACAUGUUUGCACUCAAAAAAGCACCUGAAUUAAGCACACAAGAUAAUGUGGCAUAGAGCAAUUGCACAGAUUUGACCAGGAUUGAUGUUAGUCUCAUCUCUUGCUGGGCGUAUCAUAGCCUGAUUUGCAUUCCCUUUGCUAAUGAAAAGAACGUGAUCAGAACAGAUGAGUUUGUUGUAUACACCAGGAUGCAAUGAAAUUACCUGCUCACGUUAAGCUUACAGAGUAAACAAUAAAUGCAGCAAUUGGCACAAAGCAAUGGUAUAAUGCAAAAACAGUGCAAUCUGUAGUAGUGCUAAAGUGACGGAGAAAGGUAGAAUUAAGUGUCUGAAAACAUGACAGCAUCACCUGAAAGAGAGUGUGAAAGAAAUCAUUGCUUCAGAAAAAUGAUGACAGUGGGGAAGAAGUUGUUUCUGAGUCUGAAUGUCCAGGUUUUCAAGCUCAUGGAUCUUCUCCCAAAAGGUAGAAGAGAGAAAAGGGAAUGUCAGAGGUGAUAAUGUUGAGUGAGAAGUUGACCAAUGUUGGAAUUGAAUUCAGCCAUCAAAUGAGCCUGAUAAUGGAAAAGGAAUUGUUUGUGUCUCUCUUGAUUGAAAAAAGGAGGAUCCUUGGAAAGUCUGGUUUUGGAAUGGAGGAGAAAAGCGACUAGCUUUCCUAAGAAAAGAUGUUAGCUUCUGGAAAUCAUCAACGUUCUCACAGAUUAAGUGACAGGUGAGCAAAAAAAAGGGAUGUCAAAGCAGGAAGAAAUGAGUCAUGUGCAUCCAGAGCACGUUUAUCUCGGUUUAUCCUUGGUCCCGAGUUAUCCUCUUUCUUUUGAUGUUUGUAUAGAAUGCAUUGGGAUUCAGUUUAGUCUUACUUGCUAGGGACUUUUCAUGCUCCCUACCUGUUUUCCUAAUUUUCUUCAUGAGAUCUUUACUGUCAUUUUUAUAAAUCCUAAAGGACGCUGUAGAGGCGAAGAAUGACGCCCAGGAUUCUACCUGAAACUUUGGUGGAGAAUUUCACCAAUCAUCAAAUUUGAUGUUUCCUUUCCAGUUCUGACUAAAGGUUUUCGAGCGUUUCCUUUCACGGAUGGGUGCUACCAAAUCUGUUAUGAGUCAUUGCUGAGAGAGUGGAAGACUUCAACUCCCAGAGCCCCUUGCUCAAUGCCUGUGUGCGACAUUCACCAAUGAGAGGCGGCCGAAUCACGUGGAUCGCCCGCCGGUGGAGCGCGCAGGCCUCGUGCGCCUGUUCGAGCGGCGUCGCGUCGCGUCGGGUCGGGUCCGGGGGGGAAGAUGCCCAUUCUCCUUUUCCUCAUCGAUACGUCGGCGUCCAUGAAUCAGCGCUCGUACCUGGGCAUCACUUACUUGGACAUCGCUAAGGGCGCUGUCGAGCUUUUCAUGAAGCUACGCGCCCGCGACCCGGCCAGUCGGGCGGACAGGUACAUGUUAGUGACGUUUGACGAGACGCCGUUCGCAAUUAAGGCUGGCUGGAAAGAAAAUCAUACGACUUUCAUGAAUGAGCUGAAGAAUCUUCAGGCGACUGGACUCACUACGCUUGGGCAAGCCCUGCGGGCAUCCUUCGAUUUACUGAAUUUGAACCGUUUAGUGUCAGGAAUAGACAAUUAUGGUCAAGGGAGGAAUCCGUUUUUCCUUGAACCGUCUGUUAUAAUCACUAUCUCUGAUGGAAGCAGAAUGACAAACAAUGGAGGGGUGCAAGACGAGCUGCACUUGCCAUUAAAUUCUCCCCUGCCUGGUAGUGAAUUGACAAAAGAGCCAUUCCGUUGGGAUCAGAGGCUGUUUGCAUUGGUUCUUCGCCUCCCUGGUGCAUCAUCUCUUGAAGCAGAGCAGCUUGGUAGUGUACCUUCAGAUGAGUCUGCUGUGACCCAGAUGUGCGAAGUGACUGGAGGUCGGUCCUACUGUGUGCGCACGCAGCGGAUGUUAAACCAGUGUCUAGAAUCCUUGGUGCAGAAAGUUCAAAGUGGAGUGGUUAUUAAUUUUGAAAAAACUGGAUCAGACCCAGCACCAAUCAGUGAAGAUGGUGUGGUUGAACCACCUCGAGCAACUUUAUGUACUCCUCAAACUUGGCAUAGCUGUCACAAGUUGAUAUAUGUGCGACCUAAUCCUAAGACGGGAGUACCUGUUGGACACUGGCCAAUUCCUGAAUCCUUUUGGCCAGAUCAAAACUCCCCAACAUUGCCUCCACGUACAGCUCAUCCUGUGGUAAGGUUCUCCUGUGCUGAUUGUGAACCAAUGGUCAUUGAUAAAUUACCCUUUGAUAAAUAUGAACUUGAACCUUCACCUUUGACUCAGUACAUUCUGGAGCGCAAAUCUCCUCACACCUGCUGGCAGGUAUUUGUGAGCAAUAGUGGAAAAUACAGUGACCUGGGACAUCCAUUUGGUUACCUGAAGGCAAGCACAACAUUAACCUGUGUGAAUUUCUUUGUAAUGCCUUACAAUUACCCAGUACUACUCCCACAGCUUGAUGAUCUGCUCAAAGUGCACAAACUAAAACCAAACCUGAAGUGGCGUCAAACCUUUGAUAAUUACUUGAAGAUUAUGCCUCCAUACUACCUGCUGCCACUGAAGAAGGCACUGCGGAUGAUGGGGGUUCCCAACUUAAUCAGCGAUAGCAGCCUGGAUUGUGGACUGAGUUACAGUGUAAUUUCUUACCUCAAGAAACUUAGCCAGCAGGCCAAAAUCGAGUCAGAUCGUAUCGUUGCAUCUGUUGGGAAAAAGACUCCUCAGCAGCUGGGAAUCAAGGUUAAGAACCAAUCUAGUAUACUGUCUCUGGCUUAUCGCAAAGAUUUUAAGCAACUUCUGCAAGGAAUCACAGGGGAAGCACCUCUCCGACCUUUGGAGAUGAGCAUGAAGGAAUUUGGUGGCUUUCAGAUAGCAAUCCUAAACAAGGAAGUUAAACCUCAGAGUUAUAGGAAUGCCUAUGACAUUUCUCGCUGGAACCUGUUGGAUCAGCUAACUAGAAUGAGAUCAAAUCUACUGAAAACUACACAGAAAUUGAUUCAAGGGCAAGAUGAAGAUUUUCUGCACAGUAUUCCUGUGGCACAAAUGGGCAACUAUCAAGAAUACUUGAAACUUAUGGCCCUGCCUCUUCGGGAGAUUGAUCCAGACCAACCUAAACGACUCCACACAUUUGGGAAUCCUUUCAAGCAGAACAAGAAGGGAAUGAUGAUCGAUGAAGCUGAUGAGUUUGUUGCGGGUCCACAGAACAAGGUGAAACGAUCUGGAGAGUACAACGCACCAGGGUCACUGAAGAGAAGACAUAGCAUGUCGCCAUUACUGCGACGACCUCAGACUUCACCUGUCAUUAAUUACGUUGGAGGAAAGGGACCUCUGACUGCAGGAGUCCAAUCUCAGGGCUGUCCUGUGAAGCCUCUGGAAAUACAUAAUGAUACAAGUGGUGCAACAAAUGAAGUGAGCACAGAAAAGGAUGUGUGGCAGCUCCUGGGUAAAGCCAUUGGUGAUGCAGUGGAAGCAGCACCUGCUGAAAUACCUGCUUCAGCAUCAGCCCCCCCAGUGCCCCCUGACUCUGUGCCAGAACUCAAUCACGUGUCUGAUGAUACACUGGAUUAUAAAUUUGGGCUGGAUGUUGAAAUGAGGAACUGCUUGGAGAGCCCAUCUAAGAGUGAUGUUGAAGCAGAUGUGACACGGGAGGGCAUCCUGGGUAUAUCCUCACCUACCAUGAACGCAGAGCAAGUUCAGCCCGUGGCAGAAGAGAAUAAUGCAGAGCUCAGGAUCAAAGUCAUGAAGGAGAUUCGCAAACCUGGAAGGAAUUAUGACAGACUCUUCAGAUUAUUGGAGCACAUCCAAGGUCCUUCAGAGAUUCAUAGGAAUUUUAUUCAGAAUACCAUCAAAGAAGCUGCCAGGUUUAAAAGACGAGUAUUAAUCCAGCAAUUAGAAAGAGUACUGGAAGAUGUUACUUCAAGGUCUCUGGCAAGGCAGAUCAACCAUGUCAACAAUAGGUAGUUCAAUUGUAGGAUGAAGGACCAGCAGUUUACUUCCCUGUCAUACUGAAUUGCUCAUAACCAGUUUGAUUUGGGCAUCCUGUCAGCCCUUUGUGGUACAGCACAGAGUCUCUAAACACCGAUUUAGGUUCUGUGGGAGCUGUUGCUUUUAGCGAUGGAUAUGGUGAACAUCAAGGAGUGGCAGAAAGAACAACUGAUGAUUUUAAAUAAUUACCUUUUUGGUACUAUUGUUCACCUUGUUGUUGAAGGCUUCCGCAUUCAGUUAUGGUGCCACCUUUGGCACAUGAUCUAAGCACUGUGCUGUAGGGAAGAAAUGUGAAUUUUUAUUUUUAAAAGAAAAUAAAAAGUUAAAUAUGUGGAGGACACCAUCUACCUCAGAGUCACUUUACAAUUUUGUAGAUAAUGACGUGACCGAUUCAUCCGUACUGUGCACAGCCUGUACACAAGGUGCUUUGUACGGUGCAUGAACGCUGCAUGGGUAUCUUCACCUUUUUAUUGUUGAUUUGAGAGAUUAUUUUUGACUACAUUAUUACAAACUAAAACACCAAAUUGUCAUAUUUUUAAGGGUAAAAUUACUUUUGUAACUUAUCUAUUGAAAAAAUAAACGCGUCUAUCAUGGAGUUUUGUACUGGUGAUCACGUGCAGGUGCAGUGUCACAGAGCUGAGCUUACACAGUUGGAGGUAGACCUUACACAGAGGAAGGUGGGUGAGGGUGUUGGUGGUCUAUCAUCUCCAGGACACUACUACAGGUGUUCUUCAGAAUAUUGUCCUUAACCCAGCCAUCUCCAGCUAAUCACUGACCAAGGUCAGUGGAUGUUCAGCUCCUCAACAGAUGAAAUGCCUAUGACUGCAUACAGCACAACCACAUUCACACACAGGUUAGUAACAGGCUAGGAAUAUUCCCACUGCAUCAUCAUCAUUAUGAAGCCAUUCACAGAUUGGAGGAGCAACACCUGAUAUUCCAUCAACCUGAUGGCAUAAACAUUGAUUUCUCCAACUUCUGGUAAUUUCUCUCCUCCCCAUUCAGUCUUUUUCCAUUCCCCUCGUCUUCCCAUCAUCUCCCUUUGGUUCCCCUUCGCUUUCUCCCAUGAUCUACACCUAUCAGAUCACUUCACAUUUUCCACCUAUCACCUACCAGCUUCUCAUUUCACCCCCACCUGUUUACCCAUUACCUGCUCCCCCUACCUUCCUCCCCAACCUUCUUAUUCUGGCUUCUUCCCGGUUCUGAUGAAGGGUCUCAGCCUGAAACAUGGACUCAUUAUUCCUCUAUCUGACCUGUUGAGUUCCUCCUGAAUUUUGUGUGUGAUUCUGAAUAAUUUUGGUAUGGUCACUCUGCACUGAGGAUUUGCAUGUACGUUCUGGAAUGGAAUUGAAUUGAAUUACUUUUAUUACUUGUGUCCUUCAUAUACAUGAGGUGUAAAAAUCUUUGCGUUAUGUGUCUGUGUAAAUGUGCAAUGUGCAAUUUAUAUUAAUUAAUAAUAAAUAGUAUGUAUAACAGGACAGUCAUUAUAACAUAGAAAUACAAUUGUGUCAGCAUGAGUUAAUCAGUCUGAUAGCCUGGUGAAGAAGCUGUCCUGGAGCCUGUUGGUCCUGCCUUUUAUGCUGCGGUACAGUUUCCCAGAUGGUACCAGCUGGAACGGUUUGUGCUUGAGGUGACUCGGAUCCCCAAUGAUCCUUCAGGCCCUUUUUUCACACCUGUCUCUGUAAAUGUCCUGAAUAGUGGGAAGUUCAACACCUACAGAUUCAUAGCAGAUGACAGUGUUCAGGCUGAGUUGACUGUAAACUCAAAUGCACUUUACUGUUGGAUCAUGAGAAUCUUUUCCUUAUAAGGUGGAUGGAGGAUGAGAGGUGACCUGAGAGAGGUGUAUAAGAUGAUGAGGGGCAUUGAUCAUGUGGAUAAGCAGAGGCAAUUUCCCAGGGUUGAAAUGGCUAACACGAGGGGGCAUAGGUUUAAGGUGCUUGGGAAUAGGUACCGAGGGGAUGUCAGGGGUAAGUUUUUCACACAGGUAGUGGUGGGUGCAUGGAAUGCACUGCUGGUGGUGGUGGUGGAGCAGAUACAAUAGGGUCUUUUAAGAACCUCUUCGGUAGGUACAUGGAGCAUAGAAAAAUAGAGGGCUAUGCGCUAGGGAAAUUCUAGGCUGUUUCUAGAGUAGGUUACAUGGUUGGCACAACAUUGUGGGCUGAAGGGCCUGUAAUGUGCUGUAGAUUUCUAUGUUCUAUAAGGGGAAUAAGAUCCCAGUGUAUUUGGGAUAGUUACUUUGAACAAUACUUUGUGGAAACAACCAAGUACAGGCUAUUUUAGAUGGGUUAAAUGUAAUAACAGUGCAAUUUUGGUCGCGAUAUACAUUCCACCUCAGGCCAAUGUCAAUCAAGCUUUAGAUAAUCUGAGCAAUGGGAUCAACUGCAGGAAACAGCGCACCCUAACACCUUCACCAUUGUUUUGGGAGAUUUUAACCAGGUCAGUCUGAAAAAAUCACCAAGCUAUUACCAUCAACACAUCACUUGCAAUACCAGAGGAAACAACAUACUGGACCAUUGCUACACCACCAUCACGAAUGCCUACCGUGCUAUUCCACGCCCUCACUUUGGGAAGUCUGAUCACCUGGUUGUACUUCUACUCCCUGAGUAUAGGCAGAGACUGAAGAGGGCAGCACCAGUAGUGAGGACCAAGAAGGUAUGGACAAGGGAACAUAGAAUAGUACAGCACAGUACAGGCCCUUCGGCCCACAAUGUUGUGCCGGCCCUUAAACCCUGCCUCCCAUAUAACGCCCCACCUUAAAUUCCUCCAUAUACCUAUCUAGUAGUCUCUUAAAUUUCACUCGUGUAUCUGCCUCCAUCACUGACUCAGGCAGGGUAUUCCAUGCACCAACCACUCUCUCAGUAAAAAAACCUUCCUCUAAUAUCCUCCUUGAACUUUCCACCCCUUACCUUAAAGCCAUGUUCUCUUUUACUGAGCAGUGGUGCCCUGGGGAAGAGGCGCUGGCUAUCCACUCUAUCUAUUCCUCUUAUUAUCUUGUACACCUCUAUCAUGAGGGAAAUAGAAAAGGCUUGUCAGAAGGGCAGUGUUAUGAUAAUUGUGUGGGAUUUUAACAUGCGAGUAGAUUGGGAAAAUCAGGUCAGCACUGGAUCUCAGGAGAGAGAAUUUGUAGAAUGUCUGUGAGAUGGCUUUUUAGAACAGCUUGUUGUUGAGCCUACUAGGGGAUCGGCUGUACUGGAUUGGGUAUUGUGUAAUGAACCGGAGGUGAUUGGAGAGAUUGAGGUGAAGGAACCCUUAGGAGGCAGUGAUCAUAACAUGAUUGAGUUCACUGUGAAAUUAGAAAAAGAGAAGCCGAAAUCUGAUGUGUCGGUAUUUCAGUGGAGCAAAGGAAAUUACAGUGGCAUGAGAGAGGAACUGGCCAAAGUUGACUGGAAAGAGACACUGGCGGGAAAGACAGCAGAGCAGCAGUGGCUGGAGUUUAUGCGAGAAAUGAGGAAUGUGCAAGACAGAUAUAUUCCAAAAAAGAAAUUUUCGAGUGGAAAAAGGAUGCAACCGUGGUUGACAAGAGAAGUCAAAGCCAAAGUUAAAGCAAAAGAGAGGGCAUACAAGGAAGCAAAAAUUAGUGGGAAGAGAGAGGAUUGGGAAGUUUUUAAAACCUUACAAAAGGAAACCAAGAAGGUCAUUAAGAGAGAAAAGAUUAACUAUGAAAGGAAGCUAGCAAAUAAUAUCGAAGAGGAUACUAAAAGCUUUUUCAAGUACAUAAAGAGUAAAAGACAGGUGAGAAUAGAUAUAGGACUGAGAGAAAAUGAUGCUGGAGAAAUUGUAAUGGGAGAUGAGGAGAUGGCAGAGGAACUGAACAAGUAUUUUGCAUCAGUCUUCACUGAGGAAGACAGCAGUAUACCGGACACUCAAGGGUGGCAGGGAAGAGAAGUGUGCGCAGUCACAAUUAUGACAGAGAAAGUACUCAGGAAGCUGAAUAGGCUAAAGGUAGAUAAAUCUCCUGGACCAGAUGGAAUGCACCCUCGUGUUCUGAAGGAAGUAGCUGUGGAG